ACAACAAAAAAAAGCAAAUGUUGCCAAAAUAGGAAAUCCACAAAUAUUUGAGAGUGGUCGGGUCCCAUGCAGGAGGAUGCGCGCAGAGGUUCAAACAACAGGAAUAAUAAUGGAAAAGUCGUGUUUGUGAGGAGGGUGGCUGAGGGAAGUUUGGGGCCAAAAAAACUUUUUUUGUUUUUUUUUUCUGAACGGAUAUUUUCGCCAAACGAUAAAAUAUGUAAGUUUUUGAUCAAGAGGCCUGCCCUCACCUUUUUUUUUUCUUUUCCCCCCCCAUUGUCUGGUUGUUUUAUAAGUUAGAGAAAAACUGGAUGUUUUACUAACAGUUUAAAUUAAAAACAAAAAGGAAUUGGUUUGGGGUUAGUAGAGAUUGGGCUGUAUGAGGAGGGGAAGAAUGGAGCCACAGCUGAAAAAAGUGCUUUGAGUUGCAACAAAGAAAAGACAUGAACAAUGGCAGAAAGAAAAGAGAAGAAAGCGAGCGUGUAUCGCAGCGUCUCUUUCAAAAAGUUGGCCCCAAGUAGUGAGGAGCAGCGAAACAAACCAGAGGGUUCGGAGGUUGUCGGUGUCGCCCUCCCCCCGGAGCCCAGCCGAGCAGAACAAUCCUGGGCGACGCGUAAUGUCAGUGUGUCAAGAAAAGUUUCCAAAAUCUCAGCCACCGCAACCGCAGAGCCAAAGAGAGGCUCCUCGACUCUUCCCUCCUCCAUUUCUCCAUCCAUCCGCCAGCUCACGGAGAGGUUCGGCAGCAGGAGGAGCGGCGGAUCCACCAUUGCGCACCGAGCCUCACCGGGAGAUGGUGCGGCGCUGACGCGGGAGAGCGGCGCUCUGCUCCGGGCCCGAGGCGACAACAGAGACGGAUCUCCGUGUCGUAAAUCUCCCCACGAAGACAGCGGUGAGGGGUGUUUCCUGGAGAGCGAUUCUCUGUCGGACAGUAAAGCGCUGAAGUUUCACUCUGGGACCGAUUCUGUGUCUGGCUCCGACUCUGAGAGAAAAUGCGAUAAGUGGAUUUUUACGCGUUUAUCAGCAGCGAGCUGCCAGUCUGGUAAGAAAGGAUAUUCUAAGAUACAUUCCGCUGAACUUAGAAAGAGUUUAACGACAGACGAGGAUGAGGAUGUUGGAAGUAAAGAGACUCUCCCACCUUGUAAAUCUAACAGAAGUUAUCACCACAUCCCCACACAUUCGGAAAGGUGGCCCAGUGUUACCAAAAUCAGACAACUUUUCGACGAGAAAGCUCUGCAGCCAUCCAAGACUAACACCUGUGAAGUUUUAAAAACAGCUGGCCGAGCUUAUUUACUUGACCCAAGCUUGAGUGAAAGUGAAGUUUGCAUUUCUGCUUUCAACAAAUGCAUACCUGGAUCACAAAGUGAGGACACUGCUAAAGAAACUUCUUGUGACUGUGCAGAUUUUUAUUCCAAAACUGAACAUCAUCAGCAUUCUAAUGAAGAGGAAGGAGACAUAGAAAAGGCUGAGGUAUCUUCUAGAAGUCGUUUUUACACCUGGUCUAAUCAUCCAAGGAUUAAUUUAUCAACAUGCAGAUUUCAUAGUGCCAAUGCUCAGUCAGAUGCUACCUGCAAGUUCCCCAGAUUGACACCUGACUCUAAACCUGACCUUCAACCUUGUGCUGCUCCUUAUUCAAGACCAUCAGAAGGUUUAGACACCUCCUCCUGCUCCUCCUCUCUACAGCAGUCGACAGAGAGGGAGAGAAGGGAUAGACAGGGGGUCGGGCUGCCCAGGGAUAGUUUACAUUCCUCACAUAGCUCCUCUAGAGCACCAGCCCCCACCACCUCCUCCAUCUCCUCUACUUCAGCUCUAGAUAAAUCUAUUACCUCCUGUUCUUCUGCUGUAGCUCCCCCCUCUGAGCCAGGAGCCUCUACAAAGGUUAGUUCUCCACUCAGCUUUUAUUGGAGGUUAAGCUCUGGAGACGAAGAAGAGGUGCUCAUCAGAAGAAGAAGAGGAGUGGCUUGGGGUUAUCCCUCCUGUCCUGCUUCCUCUGUCACUUGCUGGGGAGGGGAGAAGAGCAACACUGAGCAAGGGGGCAGCUAUUUAUCCCGCAAUAAAAAUGCCCGCUGUGGUGCAAAGAUCUUUGGUAGGUCAUCAGGCAGUGAGGAAGACAUCCCUUCUUCAUUAGGCCCCCACUGUCGUGAGCAAGUGCGCCGUCGCUCUCUAAGAAAGAAGAAGAAGGUCACUGGGGCUGCUCAAGCAACAGGUCGCGAUGAUUACAAUGAUCAGUAUGGUGAAUCAGAAGACAGUGAUAGUGACCCAGCCCUGACCAUGGAUCACACACAGAGAGAGCACCACAACACUGGAGAAGUUAUACUGACAUUACGUCGGAGCCAAUCAACCAGAGAAGCUGGCGCUCGUAGCAACAGAGCCAGGGUGCAGCACUGGGAGCGCAUCUCCUCACCUGCAAUGUCCAGCACACUUCCUGUUGUAUCCCGAGUGUCAAAGGUGAAGAUACCCCCUUUUGUUUCCAGUCCUGGUGAUUCAUGCCUUGGUAGCAGAUAUUCCAGCACUGAGACACUUAAAGAUGAGGACCAGAGAACUGAUGGCAGCUGUGGAGCCAAUAUGCUCUUUAACAGGGGGGGAACAGAAGGGAAUACGAGCAGAUCUGUUCCCUCCUCUGUAUUCAAUAAAACUUAUCAUGGGAAUUUUACUAUGUACCGGUCCCCUAGCUUUGGACAUGGAGAUAACUUCUCCCGUGCCCCUGCCCGGGUGCGUCCAAAGAUUUUGCCCACAGUAACUUGCAUACAAGGUUUAACACCCAAAGAAUGUGGGGGAGUAAGGGGUCCUGAAACGGCUGUUUUUACAAAAACAACAGGGAGGGAAACUGCAAAGAAGGAUGGCAAGAUUUCUAUGUCCAACCCAGAUAUCACAUCAGAAACUAUGACUCUCUUAAACUCACUAAAGAACGACGUUCCAAAACUGAAAAUGCGAAGACCAAGUGGAGGGGACCGAAGUGGGGCUGGGGAUAAGUCGUCAGAGUACUGUAGGGACUCGGACAUUCGGGGUGGGACAAAUUUACCUUUGGGUCACCGCCCCUCACUAAAAGACCUAACAGCCACUCUAAGGCGCACAAAAUCCUUCACUUAUUCAGACAAACCUUCAACAGGUGCAAGGUCUUACUUUACAAAUAGACCAACAAAGAGGAGUUCUUCUGAGCAGCAACUUGACUUGGAUGAUGAGAGAACUGAGGGAAAGGUGGUGGUGUCAGACAGAGAAGUAGAAAGUGAUAGUGGGGAUUUUAGGUAUGGGCAAAAUCCGAGGAUUUAUCGAUUGGAGGACGAGGAUGGGGAAGUGAUGCCAACUCCACUAGAGGAGAGGUGUGUACAGGAAGCUAGGCAGGUCAUUCAAGAUAUCUGCCAGAUGUGCACUAGGGAUGAGGAUGAUGUAGCUUUAAUGUCAUCUGAUACUAUUUUGGGGGAUGAAGAUUUACAGGUCAAGCAAACAGAUGACGGCAAGGAAGGAGCAGGAGGCGUUAAAGAUGAGAGGAGAGCAGCUCAAGUGUCUGAGAACACAAAAGACAAAGAUAAACAUGAGCAGGAGAGAGAGAGCAGGGAGAGGAGUGAAUCAAGUAUGCAGCUGGAGAAGCUAAACAGUAGGGGUACAGACGCAUGGGAGAAGUCGAAUAGACAAAGCAGAGAGCUGGAGAGAGCAUUACUGAAGGGCGACUCAGAGGAAAGCAUGCUCUAUGACCGCUCCAUGGAUGAACUUUCAGGCCAUGAGUCCAGCUUAACGGAUGAGGGGAUUGUGACAGAGCCAGAGACGGGUCCCGGUGACCUCUCAGAGAGGCCCUUCCUGAGAGCAGCUGGAGAUAAUUUAGGUUCAAGAAUAGCAAAAAAUGUUCUGGGGCAGCCCGUGAUUGGAUGGAAGCAGUCAACUGAAGUAGAAGACUUCAAGCAAGAUGAAAAGUCAAUGCCAGGGAGCAGCUUGAACUGUACAAACCGUCUGAAUGAAACGCUUUUUCCUCACUCUGUGACUCAUUCUGUCUGUACGGCUCAGAUUGACAAUCAUAGUAUGGAUAUGAAAGGUACUACUUGUAUAAACAAACCCAACUCUGAGGGAAUCCACGCUAACAGUACUCUGUCAAUGGGAGCCAUGCCAGCUGCAGCAUCCGAGGGAGGAAGUAGAGGAUUUGAAGCUCCUGCAACCCCAAGUGCACUCCGUCGAAGGCGCAAGUUCUCCCCCUCUGCUAACAACAACACAGGGUCUGAUUCUAGUAACGGCUCUCAUGCAGAGCCAACAAUAGCAGCUGUAGGAAAUAGCGAGUCCACUGUCUACCGUUCUCUUAGUGACCCCAUGCCUCAGCGGUGCUGUUCUGUAGCGGCAGAAGGGAGCAACAACUUUUCAUCAGUUGACAGCAACCUUUUGAGUUCCCUGUCUGUCAAAGGUGGAGGAGUUCCUCCUGAGGCCUCUGUUGCAUCUGCACUAUCCGAAUAUGAAGGCAGUGUGGCCAGUGACUUGUCUGUUUACAGCGAAAGUGGUUUACGAGAUGAUGGCAUUCAGGAUUACAGUAGGGUAAUCAGAAAUAUUGUAGCUGAGCCCGGUGCAAUGGACAGGUUGAUCAUAGAUGAUCAUGGCAAUGGCAAGGCCCCCAAGAAGAAGUCCUUUAGUGACCCCAGUCGUCGUAGUGAGGCUCCUACAGUCUCCCAAAUUGAUCCUCAAACUGGCAGCACGCACCAAGUCAGUGAGUUGGAUCAAUCUGGACAGAUUCCACCUUCUAGCAGUGAACCAAUCCUCAGUGAGCAAAGAGAGGAACUGUGGCAGUCGGAGGCUAAGCCCACACAAAUGCUACAGGCUGAGAUGGCUGCCUCCCAGCCAGAAAGUAUGGCUCUAUCUGAUAACCCUGAGGAUGAAGAUGAUUUGAUAGACAACGAUUCAAAGGAAGAGAAGUUUAACUUGGAUCUCAAGCUCGCUGAGGUUCUGUCUCCCAGAGUAAUACGUCGGCCACCUAAAAAGAGACCUAAUAGAUUACAGUCUCUGCCUGAUAAUGCCCAAUUUCAGCCCAUUGAAGUAGGAUUAGAGGACACAGAGGACAUUAACCACAGUCGGCUCAUCUCAUCUCCUCCAGCAUCGCCACUGAAAUCCAAAAUGAAACCUAAGCACAUUCGCCACAUCAGUGAGCCUGCCACCUUUGUCCCCAUCUCCCCACCUGCACAUCUUCAGCCACUGAAAGAAGUUGAAUUCCAAGCAGUACCUCCAGGAGAAGGAGCCCCAUCUCAAGAGGUCUUAGCACAGAAGUAUAGUCUUGAGGACACUGAGGGCAGGCCUGUUGCUACAGCAAGCAAUGGAGCUCAGGGUUUAGUUUCUAAUGCAGAGGGCUCAGAUAGGACAAACAGUUUUGGACCUAAUGACACUGGAUCUCAGAAGGCCAGCAUGGAGGAUACAUUAUCAGCAGCUGCUCCACAGAAGACCAAACCCAAAGUGGACAUGAGGAGACAUGUAAUGAUGACCCUCCUGGACACCGAGCAGUCAUACGUGGAAUCUCUACGCACUCUUAUUCAGGGCUACAUGCGUCCUCUAAAACAACCGGACGGUAACUCCAUCGUGGAUCCUUUGCUGGUGGACGAGAUGUUUUAUCAGAUCCCAGAGAUCCUGGAACACCACGAACAGUUCUUGGAGCAGGUUGCAGGCUGCGUCAGCCAGUGGCACGACAGGCAGACUGUUGGACACCUCCUCAUUCAUUCAUUCUCCAAAGAUGCUCUGGCUGACAUGUAUUCGGCAUACAUUGACAACUUUCUUAACGCUAAAGACGCCGUGAGGAUCGCCAAGGAGGCGAAGCCAGCUUUUCACAAGUUUCUGGAGCAAAACAUGCGUGAGAACAAGGAGAAGCAAGCUCUGGGGGACCUAAUGAUUAAGCCGGUGCAGAGAAUUCCUCGAUACGAGCUGCUGGUUAAGGACUUGUUGAAACACACGCCAGAGGAUCAUCCGGAUCAUCCCUUGUUGCUGGACGCUCAGAGGGACAUCAAGCGACUGGCGGAAAAAAUCAACAAGGGACGUCGGUCCGCCGAGGAAGCAGAGAGGGAGGCCAGGGUUAUCCAGGAGAUCGAGGCGCACAUAGAGGGAGUGGAACAUAUUUUCAAUCCACAGAGGAAGUUCUUGAGACAGGAAAUAGUCAUGGAGGCGAAAACCGUAGGGGGGAAGAAAGACAGAUCCCUGUUCCUCUUCAGCGAUCUGAUCAUCUGCACCACUCUCAAGAGGAAGUCCGGCUCAUUAAGGCGCAGCUCCAUGAGCCUAUAUUCGGCUGCAAGUGUGAUUGAUACGUCCAGUAAAUACAAAUUCUUGUGGAAACUUCCUCUCGAGGACGUGGAGGUGGUGAAAAGUUCUUCUCAGGCGACCAACAGAGAGAGCAUCCAGAAGAUGAUCAGCCGAUUGGAUGAGGAUCUCAGCACUCUGGGUCAGAUCAGCAAACUAUCAGAGACCCUCAGCUUCCCUCAUCAGUCCCUAGAUGAGGCCAUUAAAGAUCUGAUGGCAUCUGUGCACAAAGAGCUCUCAGAGAAACAGUCUUUGGCCUUCAGCAUGACUUUCCUGCCAACGAAACUGGAGUUCACCACAGUCUCCGCUGAGAGCACCUUCGUUUUUGAGUUCAGCUCUCCUGACGCUCGCUCAUGCUUCGAACAGGCCUUUGAGGAUGCCAAGAAGAAGCUGGCUAUGAACAAGGACCAGUGGGAUCCAGAAUUCCUAAAGGCUAUCCCUAUUAUGAAGACCCGCAGUGGGAUGCAGUUUUCUUGUGCCUCGCCGAGCCACAGCUGUCCUGACAGUGGCUGUGAAGUUUGGGUGUGUAACAGCGACGGAUACGUGGGUCAGGUUUGCUUGUUGAAUAUAAAAGAUGAGCCCACAGUGGAGGCCUGCAUCGCUGUCUGCUCAGCCAGGAUCAUCUGUAUCGCUGCGGUUCCAGGACUCAAGGGAAGGGAUCGUGUGUCAGAACCUGCUCCAACCUCCGGACCCCCCAGUCACCCCCAACAGCAGCUCAACAUCUCGAUAUCACCUUCUACUCUGGAGCUGACAGAGCAGCCUACAGGACCAGGGGCGGAGCUUGUUCCCUUUGACAGCGAUGACUCAGACGAUGAGGAUUCACCUAGUCCUUCUUCAACUUUGCAGAGUCAGGCCAGUCACUCCACCAUAUCCUCCAGCUAUGGCAAUGAUGAGGGUCUGAGCUCCAAAGACAUGGCCACGGAGACCACCAGCAGCGAGGAGGAGCAGGAGUUUCCUGUCCCGAGCUCCUUUGGUGCUCCAGGGAUGCUGGGAGUAGGAGGAGGGAGUCGUGCCCACACAGAGAGCCCUAUGGAUGGCCGGGCUAUGCGGCGAUCCUCACGGGGGUCCUUCACCAGAGCGAGUCUGGAGGAUCUGCUGAGUAUCGACCCGGAGGCCUAUCAGAGCUCCGUGUGGCUUGGCACAGAAGAUGGAUGCAUCCAUGUAUACCAAUCCUCAGACAAUAUCCGAAACCGUAAAAACAGCAUGAAGAUGCAGCAUUCUGCCUCCAUCCUCUGUAUACUGUAUUUAGACAACAAAGUGUUUGUAUCAUUAGCAAACGGUGAGGUGAUCGUCUAUCAAAGAGAGGCAGGUAGUUUCUGGGAUCCUCAGUCUUCCCAGACCUUAGUUCUUGGUACACCCAGUAGUCCAGUUACCAAAAUGGUUCCAGUUGGAGGGAAACUCUGGUGUGGCUCCCAGAACAGAGUUCUUAUUAUCAACACUACUACACUGGUACAGGAGCACUGGUUCCAGGUCGGCACUGACAGCAAUCGCUGCGUUACAUGCAUGGUGGUUUAUGGUCAAGGUGUGUGGCUGGCGCUGCAGGGCAGUGCACAGGUCAGGCUGUACCAUGCUCAGACCUGGGAGAGCCUGACGGAGAUUGACGUGGCUCCAGCCGUGCACAAAAUGCUUGCAGGUGCAGAUGCAAUCAUCAGACAGCACAAAGCUGCCUGCCUCAGGAUCACUGCCUUAUUGGCCUGUAAGGAUCUGCUAUGGAUUGGCACCAGUGCAGGGGUGGUACUCACGCUGCCGAUCCCAAUGGUAAGCUUAGGAACUGUUGCUGGUACUCUGAGGUCACCUCUGGCUCCAAUGGGUUCGGCUCACGGACACACGGGGCACGUUCGCUUCCUGACUUCUAUCGAACUACCAGAAGGGUUCAACAUGAACUUCCCUUCAACAACUACAGACACUGCAGGCAAUAACUCUCAGAGGAGCAGCAUAGACGAUGGGAGCCUCCAGAGACGCGACUCCACACACCGCAGAGCCUCGACCCACAUCCCUGCGAAGACAAAUCAUCUGGUCAUUUCUGGCGGAGAUGGCUAUGAGGACUUCAGACUGACCAGCAGUAGUGAAACCGUUGGCAGAGACGACAGCACCAACCACCUGUUGCUUUGGAGAGUCUGAGACAAUCGAACUCAAGAGUGUG